UUCAGUAAAGCCAGUGGGGGACGCUCACCACAAGCCGCCACUUCGAGCUACCACUAACCUCCAUCCGGCUACCCUCUUACCGGCUAGGACGCCGGAGUUUUAGAAAAUUAGCGUUACUUCAAAAUCUAAGACUUGAAAGGCAAACUACUGGUUACCAUGGGAACUGAAGAGGCAAAAGACCCGUUCAAAGGGGUUGACUGGAAAGCCGUUGGUAGUGACAUACAGAAGGAUCCUGGUGCUAAACCAGUUAUAAAGAAGCGGCUGCCAAAAAAGAUCAGACAGAUUCCAGAAUGCUAUUUCCUUCCUCGAAGGUCCCUACCAUCUGCCAUUGCCUUCUAUGGAGCAUGUAUUGCGGGUGGAGUUGGUGCCGGUAUGCUGUUGGAGAUCUGGAUAAACAAGAAAGUCAAAGAGGAUGGAGGCGUCAUAUGGGAGUUCGACAAGUAGAGCCUGGAUAGCAUUCCAAGAGUCCCCUCUAGACCAUCUUUUCUUUUUAAUUUCUUCUACUUUUGUAGGGUUACUUAAUGAUACGACGGCUGUAAAGAAAGCUGAGUGUGGUUUUAGUGCUAAAGAGUUGGUCUGAGCAUUUAUAUUUUACACACUUUCUAUCUCCUAAGUUUGUCCAUUUAUUCACCUUGAAGCUUGAUUGAAAUUUGGAAAAUUGAAUUACAGGUUUUCCUUGAUUGUU